AUGUCACUCAAUUGGGAGCUCCAGGCUCAGAAAGCCAAGGAUAUUCUACAAGACUCUAUCCCCAAGCAAUGGCUUCUCCCCGCACACAAGUUGCCCUCAGCCGAUGAGAAGAAUAUGGAGGAUUUCCCGCGCAAAAGCGGCCUUCUCUCAGAAAAAGAGCUCACUAUCACCGACAUGUCCGCCACUUCUCUGGUACUGGAAAUGGGCGCAGGAAGGCUCACGGCGGAGGAGGUGGUAGUGGCAUUCCUCAAACGAUGUGUAUUGGGUCACCAACUGCUCAACUUUGCCACAGAAUUCCUGACGGACCGAGCCAUCGCGCGAGCCAAGGAUCUAGAUGAAUACUAUCAGCGGACCGGAAAGUUAGUUGGGCCCUUGCAUGGGGUUCCGAUUAGCGUGAAAGAGCAUAUUGGAAUCAAAGGCCUCACAUGUAACGCCGGCUAUGUGGCAUGGGUGGAUGACAUCUCAACAGAGGACGCCCUCCUUCUGAAAUGCCUCGAGAAGGCGGGCGCGGUCUUCCACGUUCGAACCAACCAACCGCAAUCUCUCAUGCACCUCUGCUGCAGCAACAACCUUACCGGAACAACACUGAACCCCUACAAUCGUACCCUUAGUUCCGGUGGCUCCUCGGGUGGCGAGGGCGCCUCGACAGGCUUCAAGUGCGCUCCUCUAGGUAUUGGGACAGACAUCGGGGGCUCAAUCCGAGCCCCUGCUGCAUUCUGUGGCUCUUAUGGAUUCCGCCCAACAGCGCUUCGCAACCCCCUAACAGGUGCCAAGGCACCCGAGCCUGGCCAUGAGGCUAUCCGCGGUGUGAUUGGACCUCUCGCCAGUCAGAGCGUGGAAGAUCUGGAUCUUUUCCAGCGAGCCGUCAUUGACCAAGAGCCAUGGGAUAUCGACACGUCCCUGGCCCCAGUCCCCUGGAAGAGGGUCAACCCCACUAAAGAUAUGACCGUCGCGAUCAUGUGGGAUGACGGUUACGUCCGCCCUCAUCCCCCCGUAACCCGGGCCCUAAAGCACGCCAAAGCCAAGCUCCAAGCAGCCGGCCUCAACGUUAUUGAUUGGGAUCCUUACAAGCACGAGCAUGGUUGGGAUAUCAUUUCCUCGAUGUACUUCCCGGACGGAGCACUCAGCCAACGCACCCUCAUAGACAAAACCGGAGAGCCAACCCUCCCCCUGACUGCCUGGGCCUUUGCCUAUAGCAGCCCCAACCCUCUCACAGUCGCCGAAGCCUGGGAGCUCAACGUCCAGCGCGACAUAUACAGAGACGAAUACCACGCACUAAUGAAAUCACGCGGUGUGGAUUUCAUUCUCUGUCCUGCAUACGCGGGCGUCGCCUCCGUGCUAGGCGAAUCCCACUACUGGAACUACACUGCUAUCUGGAACAUCCUGGACCAGCCGGCCGUCGUGUUCCCCUCCGGCCUGAGCGUGGAUCUACAGUUGGACCAGAUUUCUGGCGAGGAUAAAACAUAUACGCCUCGGGGUGAGGUGGACGACCGCGAGUGGAGUAAAUAUACCGGUCCCGAACGGUAUGAAGGCGCACCAAUUGGACUACAAUUAGUCGGCAAGCAUUUCAAGGACGAGGAGACCCUGGCCGCAGGUGCCCUGGUCAGCGGGAUCCUGAAUGACGAAACAGAGCAGACCAGGUCAAUGCUCUGA